AUGGAAUUAAACGAAUUAACUAGAGCUUGCGCUGAGGACGGACCGGCUGGCUUCUCUUCGUAUGGUGGAAGUAUACCCGUUGCCUACGACAACGGUAACGACCUACCUGACUACGAGGACUCUCUCUGCGAAAGCGUAGAAUUCGAAGAUUGGGGUGGCCCGGAUGCUGUGAGUUCCGUUGAAGGGAGUGACCAGAGAGAUGGAGACUGUAAGGAGGGCGAACAGAACGAGGCGAUUAGAGAUGAAGAAGAGGAAGAACAGCCCAUUUACGAGUUAAGGGGCACGCCCCAGAACUUGGAGGAGUCCCAGGCCUUUGAUCCAUGGAAUGCAUUCCUAAGCGAGCAGGAACCCCCCCCAAGCCCCAUGGCCGUUCCUCCCAAGCGACCUAUCAUUGGGGAUCAUGAGGGUCCCGAGAGUGAUGCUCUCUUCGACGGCAAGACCCAGUUGCAGGAAUUCGACUUCAUCGCUAUCCGCAGACGGGAGUUCAUUGCCUUUACCACCUCUAUGUGGAGGGACGCUGGUGGGCCGAUACGACCGCCGCGGAAUCGGAGCUCGCCUGGGUCUGAGCCAGAACCCAAGGCACUGGAUGAGCUGCCACCGCUGAAUGUUAUCGAGGUGAACUUUAACGGGCCGCAGACGAAUAAGCCGAUAGAAUUUACUUGGAUGCCUGCACGGGCUUUGUUCACUGCUAAGAUCAAGGAGUGGAAUCAACCGUGGACGGAGAGUGAGAAUGGAAGUGCGCCGGACCGAGUUCUGAUCAGCCUAGCAUCUAAAGAAAUAGAGGGCGAGGGAAGUUGA